AUGGAUCACGAUACCAAGGAUGAAAGCAACGUUAAUAAUUUCCUAUCCCAACUGAACACUCUAAACAAGAUAAUAAGCUCCUUCAAGGAGACCUGCAAGAUCUCGUCCUACUGCUUCGAUAAAUGCGUGAGCUAUCCAGAAAAAAGCCUGAGCAACACGAAUAAAAAGUGCAUCUGGAAUUGCACACAGAGAUAUUUAGAGUGCGACUACUUCAUAAAAAAUCGGUCGAAGGAUAAUUCGGGGUCGUCAAAUAUGAACCUACUGGAGGGGGUUAUGAACUCGGCCAAGUUGAGAAGAGCGAGCGACAAGUCGAGCUCAUUGAUGGAGCAGAAGGGCCACUUCAAGGAGCCCUUUCUCUACGUGGAGGUGAAGGACGCGCAGGAGGAAAAGCGUCAACUGUACUUUUGCUUUGUGGAUAAAUGCUUCGACCACCUUUUGCGACAAAGCGAUGAGUACAUCCUAGCGACAGUGAAGAGAAACGGGUCGUUGACUUCGUUUUUCUUUUCACAUUUGUUAAGUCCAAUUAGAAGUUACGACUUGCCGUUCGACCGACCGGAGGAGGAAAAGGAGACACAUAGGCAGCGUUCCCGAUUCGAUAAGCACAUUUUUGACCUGUACAUAAAAUUGGUCAAAAUUUACCUGAACAAAGACAGGCGAGAAACGAGUACAAUAAAAUCGACUUUCAUAAAAAUUCACGUCUUUAUGGAUAUCAUGAUGAUGUUCCACAGAUCCAAAAAGAGAAAAAAGGAAAUAAAAAACUUGUUAAAGGAGGCAUACAGAGUGAACAAAAUUAAUUUUUUGAACAUAAAUAAAUAUUUGUCCUUCCUGUACGAGGAGGUGAAGGCUGUGAAGGAUCAGAUCGGACGCUAUUCACAUAACAAGGGAAAUUUACAAAACCUCCUGUACAAAAUUAACGAGUUCAUAAUUGCUGUCCUUUGUUUCGUAAAUUUUUUUCACCCUUUUAAUUAUUUUGACCGUAACGAGAAUAAACAAACGAAUGAUUUGAUUCUGCUGAGGUUGAUGUUUUAUCGUGGUGUGGACGUGGGCUCCUUUUCUCUGUCCACUUCAGCCCCGGAGAUUCUCAAGCGCGAGGAGGGCUCCACGGGCAGUUCCUUCCUCCACUUGGUGGUGCACACCUACUUCGACAUGAUUCACCACGUAUAUGAAGACACGCUGAAGGAGCGCGCGCGGAAGGACCUACUCUACCUGCGGCACCUGUUCGCACAAGUACUAACCAUGAUGGUGAAGUACCUCCUCCUGUACGGAAACGAAAAGAACAAGCUCAUAGUCGUCUCCAUCAUCAUCGAUAUGCUAAAACAAACAAGUGAAAAAAUGAACCUUUUGUAUUUUUUACGAAACGACAUGCAAAUGUGCAACUGGAGAUUUCUUCACACAUUUGUCCUGAAGGAUAAACUCGAUGUGGACUUUUAUUUUUACCUGAACGAAGUUUUAAAAGUGAAUCACAAAAAGGCAGUGAAUAAAAUGUGUGAAAUGAAAUAUCAACACGAGAUCGAGCGGGUCAUGGAGAUCACCAACGUGAACGACGUCGGUGCUGUGCUCAAGGUGCUAAGGAGGAACAACUUUGACUUUUGUAAAGCCGUGGAGGAGGUCCUGGCCACGGGGGUUGCACCCGCAACGGGCAGCGACGGUCCAAGCGAUGGUCGGAGCGGUGAUGGUCGAAGCGCAGACGGCAUAAGUGGGGACGGCGUAAGCGGGGAUGAUGCAAGUGCAGAUGAUGGACGUAGCGACGCGCACCGUAGCCAUGGUGGAAGCAGCCUUGGGCGCCGCGCCAACAACGUGGAGGUGGACCGCUUCCAACACACCAAACCACGCGCAGCUGCAAAGGGCAGGCAGAGGAAUAUCCUCGACGUGCUGCGCGAACGCACACGGGUGGAAAAGCCCCACAAAAGGAAAAGCAGCAAAGGGAGAUAUACCAAUGAUAACCUGGGGGAAGAAAAUAAAAAUAAAAUUUUCGACCUACUGGAUAGGUCGAGCAGUUGUGAUGACUCUUCGGGGGAUGGCUCGCUGGGAAAACUUGAGAAUGAUGUGUUGCCCUACACGUCGUACAGGAGGAGUCGUGAAGACGGCAGCGCCGGCAGUGAUGGGGGUCUCCCACGUGGUGUUGCUAAUCGUCCGGGUGGUGCUGAUCGUCGCGGUGUUGCUGGGCGAGGCGGUGCUGCUAACUCGCGCGGGCGUGGCAAGCGAGGAGAAGGAAUGUUUAGCCGAGGCAGACCACCCCGGCAGCAACAUGGCACUAGGACUCCUGACGGUGAAGACGGCGCGCCAAAGGGCGAUGGGUGUUCCGACGGAGCAAACAGGAGCAAGCGGUAUUACAUGAAGAAGACGACCAACAAGGGAAAGUCCCACAGGCGCCAAUACGACAGGAAGAUGAGCCGAGGAAUGCUGUGA